AUGCGACCCACCUGGUGGCCCGGCGAGCAACAUGAAGCUUUUACCGAAUGGGCGUUAUCCCAAGGCAUCAUCAUCAAUGGAGUCAGUCCGGCACGAUUUCCCGGUCGAGGACUAGGAAUGAUCGCCACACGGCGUAUAGAAAAAGACGAAGCCAUCGUGACAGUGCCCCACGAAGCCAUGCUUACCCCCUCACGGAUCCCGACCUCCUUCUCCAGCAGAUUCCCCGACGGAACCCCUACCCACGCUUUAUACGCCGCCUAUCUCACCAACGGCGACCCUGCCGACCUGGAAGCCUACACCCUCUGGCGGCGCACCUGGCCCACCCGCGCCGACUUCGAAGCGAGCAUGCCCAUCCUCUGGCCUGCGUCAUUCCGGCAUCCAACAAAAUCCGAGCAUUCGUCGUCGUCGUCGUCGUCAUCGGCACCCCCCAAAUCCGACGCUCCAGCCCUCCUCCUCCCCCCUUCCAUCUCCAGCCAAUGGACCACGAUCCCGCCGCACCCAUGCGCGCACGACUACGGAACCACCCACCAGAACCUCCUCGCGCAGCAGGAACAACGCCUGCGCAGGGACUGGGACAUGGCGGUUGCCGUGUUCCCCAACACCGACUGGGACCAGUUCUCGUAUCAUUGGCUGAUCGUCAACACGAGGAGCUUUUUUUACUUGAUGCCCGGCCAGGAACCGCCGGAGGACCGCAAUGAUGCCAUGGCCCUGCUACCUUUCGCUGACUAUUUCAAUCACUCGGAUGUAGCGUGCAACGUCAAGUUUGAUGGGCUUCAUUAUGUGUUUCGCGCGGCUAAGGAGUACGAUGAAGGGGAUGAGAUCUAUAUGAGCUAUGGUCCACAUCCGAAUGAUUUUCUAUUCACUGAGUAUGGUUUCUACUUGGAGGAAAACGAAUCUGAGACUCUAUAUCUCGAUGCCAUUAUAUUCAAAGAUCUCGGCCCUAAAUUGCAAGAGGAACUGGAUUUCCAUCAGUACCUGGGGUAUAUCACCGUCGCUAAUCCGGGGCCAAUCAGGAACUACCAACUCACAGCCGGUGGUGUUUGCUACCGGACCGAAAUCGCCGCUGCGAUCACAUAUAUCACGCCCAAGGACUGGCAGGAUCAUGUCCUCGGCUACUCGAGUCAAAGUGUGGAUGAGAGGAGAUCCGCUAAGGUCGUCCGAAACUGGAUUGGCGCAUAUAUCGAAGAGGCAGAUACAGCGAUUCGAUAUCUGGACAGUGUUCUGUCCGGUAAGAGCGACCAAUUCCACUUAGAAAAGGUACAAAUGCUCCUGAACCGGUGGAGACAGAUUAGACGGCUCUGCUUCCAAGCCCUAGAUACGGUUCCCUGCUAG